UCUCUUUCUUCUUUUUAUAUCCUUAUUUAUUUAUUUUUCUUAUUUUAACUCUUUAUUAUUAUUACUAUUAUUUGUAUACUAUGGACUCAUAUCAAAGACCUGUUUUGAAUAACAGUCAAGAUAUGAUACAAGAACUUUUUGAAGAAAUCAAUGAAUAUCUUGGAGAUCAAGGCAAAUCUGAACAAGAACCUAUGACACCAUCAAUAUUAUCACCAUUCAAUCUGUCUACAGAAGGAGAUGAUGAUGAUGAUCAACAAAUUCAAGAGGAUGAAACAAAUACUCAAGAUGACCUAUCAAAUCACUCAAAAAUCAGCUCGCCAUCAACAUUACAGACUGCCAUGUUUGUAGAAUCUGACAAGGAAGAUAUUUAUGAUGAUGAUGACCAAAAUUAUACUGCUGACCCAACACAGAUCGAACAUCAUCAUGAUGAUCAAGUCGUAUGUUUGUGUUACAAAUGUAAAACCCAACAAUUAAAUGAUUCUUCUCAAGUAGACGAUAAUCAUUAUGCAACUACUUCAAUCCAAAAUCAAUUACAACCAUCAAUAUCAAAGCAACGUUUAUUACAAAGACCUAAAUCAACAACUUCUUUUGGUGUAGUCAGUAGUGCUAAACUUGCUCACAUUGCUGGUCUCGUCAAACAAACAUUAACUAGUACACCACGCGACUUGGGUCCUGAUGCAUACAACAAAAGACGACAUUCAACUUUGGAUACCAAUUUUUCUUCUAUUGUCAAAUCAUCUUUAUCACCAGUGAAUACAGUUUAUAACAAAAGUACUCAACGUGAUCAACAAUCCCGUCCUCCAUUAUUAUCAACACAUUCUUCUAACAAUUAUACCGAAAACAUAUCUCAAUCUAAUAAUGUGGAACGUCAAGAAAAUGAAGUAUACAAUGAUACCAAUGAUGAUGAUGAUCAUCAACAAUACACUAAUACUGUGAAUCUUGCUCCUACUGAUUGGCAUACAACAAAUGAAUUCGAUUCUUCUUCCUAUGAUGGCAAUAAUCAAUCUUUGGCUAGAAAUCUCCAAAAAGUCGAUCCCUAUCCAGGUGAAAAAGAACAAAUCUCUGGUAUACCUAACUUCUCGCCUUUACCUUUUCUCACUCCUAUCCAUCGCAUUGGUGAACCGCAUUCUAUUGUAUUACGUACCAAAAUGGCUAGAGAAGUUGGUACUCAUGAAGAUCGUAUUAAUGCUUAUAAUAAUGCGUAUUCUCAUUGUAUUAUGGCUAGAACUGAUAUGGUGCCUUGGAUCAAAAAACAAUAUAGCAAAGGACCCCCUGAUUUGGUGAUGAAUUAUACUCCAAAACCCAAAAAAUCAUCCAAGUCACUGUUUGGUAUCUUCAAACGUCACUCAAAAACCGGUGAUACAACAACAUCCAGUAACCUUCUGACUUCCAAUGCAAACAGUAAAUUAUCAAGACUUUCGGUAUCCUCAUCAAAAUCAUCUCUCUCCUUCCAACUAAUGCCAUCUGUUUCUCCUCAGCCAACACAAACACAGUCAAUGCCUUCCUUAUAUCAACAGGAACAACAGCAACAACAACAACAACAACUGAUGCAGAACAAUCAAGUGGAAUCCCUUUAUGAACAGCAAGAUGUUUCACCAGACAAUGCAACGACAUGUAAUUUACCAUCCUUCAACAAUAGAUCACAAAUAGAUGAUCACGUCAUACAACAAGCACAACAGGAACCUUGUAAUAACGUUGGAUCGCUUGAAAAGAAAAAGUCAAAAUCAUUCUCUUCCAUUGGUGAGCCUGUAUCCAUUUUGAAAAAACAUCCUUCUAUGACUAUGGACGAGCCGUCCUACAUCCCAAGAUCCAAUUUGAAUAACAAUUCCGAUGACUCUGGACCACAUUUGAAGAAAAAAUCCUCUACAACCAGCUUUGUAGAUGAACCUGUAACUACUUUGAAGAAAACUUCAUCAAUACCAAGUUUCAACGAUAUUCCAUAUACAUCUAGACCAAAGACAAAAUCAGUAUCACCAAGACCCUCUAUGGAAUUUCAGAAAUCUCAUCACCCAUCGACAUCAACAUCUCCUGUCAACAACAACGGCAACGGCAAGAAGAAAUAUUUGUUAAGUCCACCAACGGCCAUGACAACAUCACGUCAUCAACAACAACGUAGUCGUAGUGUAUCACCUUCUCCUCGGUCACCAUCACCCAAUCGAAGUCGAAGCGUAUCACCUAUGGCUGGUAAAAGUUCACCACUUUCAGGCUAUGUGGAUUCUCGUCCUCGUCAACAACAGCAACAUCAUCAUCAUCAUCAUCGUCUUCAGAAACGUUCGUCAUCUGACUUCCACCAAAGAUCACCUAGUCCUGAUAGAAUGAUACCAUCUUCAUCUCGUUAUCUUAUAUCACCCGAGCAUCAUCCUACGCCUAGACGACAUGCUCAUGAUACAAGACCUUAUCGUAGUAGCAGCAAUACCAGCAUGCGACAAUCCUAUCUUGAUGCAUCAGGGCCCCAUCCAGAUGAUAGAUACUCAGACGACAGUAACAGCGCCAGGAUGAUCAAACGGACAAGAUCCUCUGAAUAUCUUUGUCCAUCAUCUACUCACUAUCCACGUGGACAACAUCCUCCAGCAGUGAUAUCAACUUCAGCAGACACUCUCCAUCAUGGCAAAACAAAUAUGAAGAUAUCAGGUCGCCAUCGGUCUCCAUCUCGUCAACUCUCUGGAAUAAGGUCAACAUCAUUAGAACAACAAAAAUCUACACGACGACAUCGCCGAUUAUCAAAUGCAUCUUCUCAUUCAACGAACAAUGGUACGGAAUACUAUGAGUUGCCACCACCUUUAGCGGCCAAUACAGGUAGAAGAAUGACGGAUCCGAUUUACAUGAUGCCACCUUCAGCCUAUCCUGCAUCAAUAUCAAGAAACCAACGAUCUGGUGAAAGUAGAAGAAGAAGAAAGAAUAGUAAUAAUAGUCACAGACGAAGAACAUCCUAUACCGAAGAUGAAUUGGAAUACGAUGAUUACUAUCAAGAUGGUACAGAUGGUUAUACAAUGUCACCUAAUGGAAUAAAUACAAGACGUUGGUCCUCUUCUUGUCAACAAGUACCACCACCACCUCAACCUUUAUCUAGGAGACGUAGCAAAGUUAGCAUGAAUGCAUUUGAACAAUCCUUGGAUGAUCUUUGUGCUUUUUUCCACCAUCUACCUCGACAUGUUCUUGCCACUUAUUUACAAGAUGCCCAAGGUGAUUUUUUUUUGGCCAAGGACCUUUGUAUGGAUGAUAUUAUGGCCAAUGGUAUAUAAAAUUCUAGUCUAUUGUAGUCGACCCAUUAUUUAAUGUAGCCAUUUUGACAUUAGAAUUAUGAAACAAAAAAAAAGAUUAUUUACUUUUAUGCAUGAAUACAUUAUUUUUACAAUAAAAAAAAUAGAGUGGUAGGAUGUUGGCUUUCUUUUUUUUUUUCUUUGUUUUUUAGGUGAUUUCUUUGAUUUUUUUUUUAAAUGGUGAAAAGUAAUGAUUUCC